UUUUUUUUAAUUUUUUACUUUUCCUUUUUUUUUCUUUAAUAUAAUAUUCCUUUAAUAUAGGUACUAAUAUCGCGUUAUGGAAAAAAAGAAUUCCAUGUGCAAUCGAAAAGAUAUCUAGUUUUUCUAAUUCAGGUUAUCAUGUCGACAGGAUGUUUGGUAUUGACCGGGCAGCACCAUAACAGGGUUGCUUUUACACAUUUUCUGUCAGUGCCGCCAUCUUCCAAGUGUCCCGUGAAACUUGAAUUCCUUUCAAAACACAUGGAUAACAACCCCGCGCGCACACAGUCUGUUUUGAUAAGAUAAAGGAGAGAGAGAGAGAGAGAGAGAAUUGCGAGAGUAAAAUUGUUCUUCGUUAUCUUUUGUGCCUUGUGGACACAAUUCCCAUUCCUAUUGAGAAAAAAGUAACAACAACAAAAAAAAAAAGAAAAAAAACAAUAUCAAGAAAAUGAGAGUUUACUUAUAAAUGAAAAAAGGGUGUUGUGGAAAAAAAAGAGGCGUUAAACGAUGAAGGCAAAAAAAGGGGGUGGCAAUGUGUUGUUGAGAGUGAGGAAAAGCACAAGACACGAAGGAGCUAAAGGGGAGGAAACACACAAAAGGUGGUGUGAAGAUUCUCGGGUCUUAGCGAGGGCGUCAGUCCGUAUAGUGAUCAUCGAGUUGAAUGGGUGGGCCGGGCACCGAGCAGACUAAGAAGCACGAGCUUAAUGCGUUAUUGCUGUCGCAAAAACUCGCUCAUGAAAAUCCUCCCCUGAUGAACGGGCAAUUGCAAAUUGGCACGUGUCCUCGUCCUCGUCCUCAUCCUCGUCGUCGUCGUCGUCGUUGUCUCUAUCAAAAUUACCAUCGACGCUCGCUCCUCGAUUAUCAUUUCAUUAUUAUCAGUUCAUUUAAUUGUUUACUGCACGAUGGGAUUGUGGACAAAAAUUGUAGUUAUGAAAAUAAUUGUAAAAAUUUCAACAAUGGGAAUUGUGUGAAUGUUGAGGAGGAAAAUAGUACUGGGACAAAUAGUGAUAGCGAAAAUAGUACUAGGAAAAAUAGUACUGCGAAAAAUAGUGCUAGCAGAAAUAGUACUAGGAAAAGUAGUGAUAGCAGAAAUAGUACUAGGAAUAAUAGUACGAAGCAAAAUAGUACGAACAAUAAUAGUACGAACAAAAAUAGUACUAACAAAAAUAAUACGAACAAAAAUAGUACCAACAAAAAUAGUCCGAAGAAAAAUAGUACGAACGAAAAGAGAAGAAACAAAAAUUCUACUACCGUUAAUUGUGCUAACGAAAAUAGUAAUAAUCAAAAAAGUAAUAGGAGAAGUAGUAAUAACCAAAAAAGUACAAGUAAAAAUAAUAGUAACAACAAUAGCACUGACGAUAACAGUACUAACAGAAAUAGUGAUAACCAAAAAAGUACUAUCAACGAUAGUAAUAAUAACAAAAAUAGUAACAGUGACAAAAAUAGUAAUAACAAAAAUAGUGAUAACAACAGAGAUAGUACGAACAAAAAUAGUAAUAACAAAAAUAGUGAUAACAACAGAGAUAGUACGAAGAAAAAUAGUAAUAAUAACAAAAAUACUAAUAACAAAAAUAGUAAUAGCGAAAGUAGUAGCAAUAACAAAACUAGUGACAACAACAAAGAUAUUAAUAACGAAAAUAAUAAUAAUAACAAAAAUAGUAACAACAAUAGUGACAAUAAAAAUAGUAACAUCGAAACUAGUAGUGAAAAUAGUAACAAUAAAAAUUAUAGUGACAAAAAUCAUAGGAUCAAUAAGAACAAUAAUAGAAAAAGCAAUCAGAACAGCGGAAAUAAGUUUCUCAUCAAAGAAGACAAAAGCAAAAAAUACGAAAAUUACAGCAAAAAGAAAAAUACUGGAAACGAGGAGAAUUUCGAAAAAAUUGAAUCGAUUAAAGGAGAUAAGGUCAAGAUGGCAAUGUCUUCGCCACCUAAACAUCGUCGGGGAUUUGAAAGCAACGAUCCAACUGGGAAUGAUUUUUGCCGCUAUCGCCGUUUUAAGAUGCGACAGCAAAGCUUUGCAUAUCUCACGCCGCUGAGAGAAAGAGAGAGAGAGAGAGAGAGUGGGACGCUCGGAAACAGACUUCCGCUGACUUCCUGAUGCAUCCAGCACGACAUGCUUGAUGUUUAAACAGUGGACCGCGCUUUCGAGUUGAAAUCGCAUCACCUGGUCAGCGAGACGAUCGAUGUGCCUUCUGUAUUUUGUCACCAUCGCUUCUUACCCCGCGUCCAUGUUGCCGUUGUCAAAAAUUAUUUAUUGCUUUAUUGUUUAUUAAUAUUCUUUUUCAGAGGAUUUCAGAUGAAUAUUCGUUAUUCGUUAUUUGUCUUUCUUUGUUUUUUAAUUUAUUUGUUAUUUGU